AUGCUGCCAAGAUCUUCUGAAGACACAAAUGGGAUAACUAAAAAAUUUAAAACUCAUAAUGUAAGCUUACAAAGUAAUGUAAAAAAAGGUGAUUGCAACACUACAUUAGAGAUUACUCAAGAUACAUGGGAAGAUGUGAGUAAUGGAAAGUUGUUGAUUUUUACAAAAUCAGGGGUCACUGCCAGUUCAAAGAUAGCUGCUUACGAUCUGGAUGGUACGCUUAUUAAAACAAAAUCUGGUCUAGUUUUUGCAAAGAAUAAAGAUGACUGGCAAAUAGCCUUUAAACAAAUACCAAAACAUUUGAAGGAAUUGGAAACACAAGGAUACAAGCUUGUUAUAUUUACUAACCAAGCUGGCAUUGGUAAAGGAAAAACUGACCCCAAAGAAUUUAAGGGCAAGGUUGAAGCAAUUUUAAAUAAGUUAAAUGUUCCAAUGCAAGUUUUUAUUUCAACCACAAAAGGAAUUUACAGAAAACCACUUACUGGUAUGUGGAAAGUGCUGACAGAACAGAAAAAUUGUGGAGUUUCUGUAUCCAAAGCAGAUUGUUUUUAUUGUGGUGAUGCAGCUGGUAGACCAGAUAAAUGGGCACUUGGCAAAAAGAAAGACUUUUCUGCUGCAGAUAGAUUAAUGGCAAAAAAUCUGGGAAUUGCAUUUUACACACCUGAAGAACACUUUGAAAAAGCAAAAGUAGUACAGUGGAAUAAACCAGGAUUUGAUCCUCCCUCCUUAAAAAAUUUGAAUAUUUCUAGAUUUGACCCACCUAAUGCAAAACUAAUUCAAAGUGAACAAGAGGUUAUUGUUUUAGUGGGUUGUCCAGGGUCCGGAAAAUCUUUCAUCAGCAAAGAACUUGUACAAUCUGGAUAUGUUCAUGUAAAUCGUGAUACAUUGGGCAGUUGGCAAAAAUGUGUUGCAGCAAUGAAGAAUGCUUUGCAGAAUGGCAAAAGUGUGGUUGUGGAUAAUACAAAUGCAGAUAAAGAAUCUCGCAACCGCUACAUUGUUGCGGCUGGAAAAGUAAAAGUUCGUUGCGGUGUUAUGACAACAAGUUUUGAUCAUUGCAGACAUAAUAAUAUAUUCAGAGAAUUAACGGAUAAAACACAUAAGGAAAUUAAAGAUAUGAUACUGUUUUCUUAUAGAAAAAAUUUUGUUGAACCAACAUUAAGUGAAGGUUUUGCAGAAAUAUUUAAGAUAAAUUUUAUUCCACAAUUUGAUAAUAAAGAACAUGAAGAACUGUAUUAUAUGUAUUUAUUGGAGAAAUAA